GAUGUGGCUACAUGCACGAGUUGGAGAAGGUCGACAGACUACUGCAUCGAGCUGGAACCAGGUGCACAACUGACAGUACAGCGACAAUUUCAGCUCAGCCAACCGGAACUCUAAGAAUUGCAGCAACAGCUGGAUUACUUUAUGACGAAGGGUUUUAUCCGGCCCAGCACGUCCCCAUACGUCGCCCCGAUCCUGUUCACACCGAAAAAAGAUGGAGGAUUCCGCAUGUGCAUCGACUACCACGCGCUCAAACGCAUCACCAUCAAGUCCCGUUAUCCGAUCCCGCGAGCCGACGAUCUACUCGACCAACUUCGCGGAGCCAAGUUCUUCUCGAAAAUCGAUCUGCGAGGAGGUUACCAUCAAAUUCGCGUCGCCGCCGAAGAUUGCCACAAAACCGCAUUACGAACCCGCUACGACAGUUACGAAUACCUGGUGAUGCCAUUAGGUCUCACGAACGCGCCUUCAACUUUUCAGAUGACCAUGAACGGCGUUUUCCGGUAACUCCUGGAUAAAUGCGUGAUUAUCUACCUCGACGACA